AUGCCCAAGAGUCCUUUGUGGUGUGGAAGUACCCCAUUGACUCCUUUCCGGAACCUGACGCGUUCGCGGUAUAGGAGGUGCCCGGGUGCAGCCUCGGAGGAUUUCCCCAACUACCAGGGAGUUGUGCCAGGCUACAACGCCAAGGUUUGCGUGCGCAGCGGGUUGGUCGGUGCCGUACGGAUGUGUCAGAGAUCGAACUAUGAGGCAGAUAGGGUUGGUGCUCUGACAGGCGUCACUGUUCGUCUGGUGCUGGCUGAAAGCCAUUAUAAUGAAACCUACGUGACAUGA